AUGGGUGACUCGUAUCGCCCAGGCGGCGGCGGUGGUGGACGAUCGCUUGCAGACCGCAUGACGUUCACAGGUGGAGGAGGCGAUAACCACCGUUCUGGUGACCCUCAGCAAGGUCGCAACCACUCUGAGUUCACGUUCUCGUCGAACCACGAUGGACCGCGGUUCCCUCCUGCUGGGCCAGCAAACGCGGGGCCACCUGCAAGGAGGCGCAACCAGCGCGGUGGCGGUCAACACGGCCUACGCGACUCGAGACGAGGAGAUUCUAAUGGCUUUCGCGGCAGAGGCGGUGGCCGAGGAGGCUACCGUAAGCCUGGAGCCCACGAACGCGCUCUCCUUAGAGUUCAAGAUCACGGUAGCCCUGAGCGAACGCUGGGCGUUGCUGAUGGGUCCAACAAGUUUAUGAACGUCGAGGAUAUGUCUGAACCUGAAGAAGAGGGCGCGGAGGAUGGAUCUCCUGAAGACACUUCCGAGAAUGGCGCUCACAAGAUUGCUCGUACGUCGAAUGGACGCGCUGAUGGCGAUUCUGUCCCGAAGUGGAGUAACCCUGAGAUUUAUUCUGCCCUGCCUCCUCCUGAAGAGCUGAGACCUGGGAAAAAGAUCGAUUUUGUUCAGCUGAUUCGAAAGGCAAAGAACGAAGCAGCCGAGAUGGGCGAGAACCACAACGCUGUAGCUGCUAAUGACGAUUUCAUCUCAUUUGGAGAUGAUGACGGCUCUGCCAAAGGCCACGACUUAGAAACCCUUGACGACAACGAACCCAAGAGGAACAAGCGACCACAGAACGAGAGCUACACGGAAGGGACAUUGAACGAUCUCGAUUACGUAGAUGAUACUGUCAUCGAAAACCAGCGCGCAUAUCAAGUUGCUGACGUACGCGAACAGCCGCAACACAGCAGAGCAAAACGUAAGAGAGCAGAGAUCGAGACUGUGCGCAGCAUUGUUCACGAGUGGGUGGGCACUGCGCGUUGUGAUACAGCGCCGUGGCUCGAUCCACGACACAGCUAUGCGCAUCUUGUCAACGACCCGCUUAAAUGGCUACACAACGAAAUUCUCGACUUCUACGACUUCGUAGCGCCUCAGCCAUAUGAGCACGAUGUCCGUCAUCGACUUGUCCAGCGAGUACAACAGGCUUUGGGCACUCAGAGAUUCCCUCAAGAUACUGGGCGCAUUCUCUGCUUCGGCUCCUUUCCUGCCGGGCUGUACCUGCCUACUGCAGAUAUGGACCUGGUAUACACCUCCGACAGGUUCUACCAGGGUGGUCCAGCAGCUAUGGACUUCAGCAACAAAGGCGUUGUCAACUCUACGUUGAGGAAGGCUGCCAGAAGGCUUGAAACUGUACGCAUCGCCACGAACGUGCUGUGCAUCACCAAGGCCAAGGUGCCAAUUAUUAAGUUCGUGGAUCGAGUGACUAACAUCCACGUGGAUAUUUCCUUCGAGAACCUCAGCGGAGUCCAAGCUCAAGCAACGUUUCAGCAAUGGAAGCACGAUUACCCCGAUAUGAUAUACAUGGUCGCUUUGUUGAAGCAGUUCCUCGUUAUGCGUGGCAUGAACGAGGUUCAUACAGGCGGUAUUGGAGGCUUCACCAUCAUCUGUCUCGUUAUCAGCUAUUUCCAGCACAACAAGAAGCCCGAGAAUCUCGGUGACUGCUUUUUGGGCUUCCUCGAUUAUUACGGCAACGAGUUCGACCUUCGGACACAACGCAUACAGAUGCAUCCGCCUGCGAUCAUUCGCAAGAAUGGCUACGAUGUCGACGGGCGUGAGGAUAGACCUAACGGGCUGUCAAUCCAAGACCCGAAUCGCCCCGAAAACAAUAUUUCGGGAGGAUCCCAUAAGGCCUGGGAAGUAUUCUCAGCUUUCCGCUCCGCGCACCGGGUGUUGAAAGAUCGCAUCGACUCCAAGAGCGCCGGAAGAAGCAUUCUCGAGUGUCUUUUAGGUGGCAACUAUGAGACGUACAUCAUGCAGCGACGUCAUAUGCAGACUCUCAAGUAA